CUCCUUCACAAUUACUGUGCUCACUGCACAUUGCUUAUUAAGAAAACAGGUUGUAGAUUAUCUGCAGAUAAAUUAUUGUUAAUGUAAUCUUUAAAGAACUUAGGCCAUAUGGACCUUUUUCUAUUUCUGGUGUUGUGCGCUCUUUGCGCAUUUUCCAAUGCGGCCAAAAAAGGCGAGGAUGGCGAAUGGGUGAAUCUCCCAAAUAAAUGUGAAGUGUGUAAAUUUGUAAGCAUCGAAAUGAAGUCUGCGUUUGACGAAACUGGGAAGACAAAAGAAGUGAUUGACACCAACUACCGCUUCAUAGACGGCAAAGGGUCCGCUCCAAUCAAAUAUGUGAAAUCUGACAUGCGCUUCAUCGAAGUGGUGGAGAAUGUGUGCAAGAGGCUGCUGGGCUACAAUUUGCACAAGGAGAGGACGGGAAGCAACCGCUUUGCCAAGGGGAUGUCUGAGACCUUCUCCACGCUGCACAACCUGGUCCACAAGGGCGUGAAGGUGGUGAUGGACAUUCCUUACGAGCUGUGGAAUGAGACCAGUGCUGAGGUCGCUGACCUCAAGAAACAGUGUGAUGUGAUGAUAGAGAGAUAUGAGGAGGUCAUUGAAGAAUGGUAUAAGGGAACACAGGAGGAAGAUCUCACCACUUACCUCUGUGAGAAACACGUUUUGAAGGGACAGGAUCAAGCUUGUCUGAAUGAACAGUGGAAAAAGAAGGGAGACUCUGCUGCCUUGCCAGAGAAGAAGAAGAAAAAGAAGAAGAAGGGCAAGAGCAAGGACAGCGAGGAUGGACAGAGCAAGAAAAAGGUGAAGAAGAAAAAGAAGUCGGCGGCGGAGCCGGGGAAGGGCAAAGGGAAGAGCUCUGGAGACGACAAGAUCCAGAAGAAGAAGAACCUGAACAGCGAGAAGACGGAACUCUGAAGGAGAGAGCCCAGGAAAAGGGGGGACGGUGGCAGAUGUGACACCAUGUCUGUAACCACAUCCUGACUAGGGUGCCAUGCAUUGCUGGUGUUGUGUGUCCGUGUGUGUCCGUGUGUGAGUGUGUGAGUGUGUGAGUGUGUCCGUGUGUGUGUGUGUGUGUGUGUGUGUGUGUGUGUGUCAGGAAGAGAUAGCAGUGUGAAGUAUAAUUCAGACAUGCCAUGGUCCCUCCCUCCCUCUCUGGCCGCAGCGUCCGUGGGAGUGGCCAGUCCUCUACUCUCCAUGCCACACUGACUCUUUUCUAUGUUUGUACGUGUGAGGGAAAACACUGCUUCACAAAGCUUUAUUCAGUCCACUGAGCCUGUAUGUGUCCUUUACAUUUCCUGUUCUCUCUCAUUCCCUUUCUCUCUCUCUCUCUCUCUCUCUCUCUCUCUCUCUUUCUUCUGUCUCAUCCUACCUCCAUUCCCACCCUCAUUCCUCCCGUUCUGCAUUAUUCCAGGAGGGAGAUGAGCUCUAAAUAGAGCUCUGGUUAGGCAGCAUGAGGGGCACCUCGUAGGAGGCGUCUCUCAAAGCUGGGCGGCGCUGCAUGUCAGGGGCUCACAUGAAAAGAUCCAUUUAAAAACGCCGCUGUUGUGAGAGGUGGUGAUUGACCAGUGUUGUGAUGACAGAGGCCUUUCCAGUGCUUAGAGUGUGUGUCCUGUGUCCCAGAAACGUCCUUUUUCAUGACAGAUUAUGAGAAUUUUAGUCUUGGGCUGUUUGGGUAGACCACAGUUGAGGGGCAUUUUGUUUAUCUUUAAAAUGAGAUUAUAUUGAAACUGUUUCUUUAGUUAUUUCCCGAUAGCUCUGUUUCCUUUAGCAUGCUCUUUUAAGUAUACUGUAGUUUGUAUCUAAAAUCAUUUCAAAUUGUCUCCAUGACACCCAUUUAGUUGUAUUAACCUUAAGAUGUUUGCCUACUUUCAGGGUGUGUAGUGGGUUACUCUUCAGGCCACCUUUGAGAAAUGUGGUCUCUGAACUCACGGAUUUGAAAUGAAAAUCCGGUUAUAUUCUCCAGCUCAGGGUGCUUGGCAACCUCUGUGAAGUGAAGGACUGUGCAACCUGAUUGUAGUAUUUUUAGUAGCAUUAUUAAUAUGAAGUAAGAAGCCAUUCCAGUACAUUAUGAGGUCAAGUGCAUUACAAUGACUAUCCUCCCCUUCGUGUUGUUUUUUAACCCAUAGUAUGCAGUUUACAUGGCAGGGUACAAGUCAGGGAUGAACUGUAGUGUUACAUAAUUAUGUAUAGUGUUACAAACCUUUCCAUGAUCCAGCCCCAAUACAUUUCCAUCAUCUUUGCCUUCUUGAGAGAGUGUGCCCCAAAUAUGGUCCUCUUAUUUUCUUCUAUUUGCUGUUUUUACUACUGAUUUUGGGAGCCUAUAAAUUAUAUUUAAAGCGGAAACAAUGGUUAGGUUUAGGCUGUGGACCAUCAAUAUGUGUUUUAUGCAUUUGUGAUUUGUCUCUUAUUUUUCAUUGAUCAUGAGUGAAUGAAGGUACAUGUGUGCAGUUCAUUUCUUUGCUUUAUUUAUAUGAUUUGCAAAUUCUUUGCAUUUGCUUGUUUGUUUCAGUUAAUUUGUUUGUUUGUUUGUUUCAUGUUUGCACUGGCCUUUAAAACGGUGUCAGCCUACUGUAAGUAUGCAGCAGCAGAGUGAAUGUAGGCCUACUGUGCGUAAGCUCGUGCUGCAGUGUCAAGAUGAGCUGUGUUCAGGACUGGAAGGCUGAUCUGGCAGCCGCUUGUUAGACAUCUUCCAGUGGAGCUUGCAAUAAAGUCCUGCUAUUGUA